GGGAAGAAAUCUCCGGCAGGUGCUGGAAGGUUCCCUCCUAAAUCCAAAAAAACGCAACGGCUACGGAAAGUACUGGAAGAUUCCUUUCGAAUCUAUAAAUACCCAACACAUCCCCAGCAGCAAAACCAAUAAAAGCAUCUUGACGAAUCAAGCAAGCAACCAACCAAUCAAUCCUUCAAUCUCCACUCUUGAGUUUUGCAAUCUUCAAUUCAAGAACAGAAAAAAAAUGUCUAUGAUUCCAAGCAUCUUUGGUGGCCGACGAAGCAACGUCUUCGAUCCAUUCUCUCUCGACGUUUGGGAACCCUUCAACUUCAAGGACUUCCCAUUCUCUUCCUCUUCUUCAAACGAGGUGUCUGCAUUGGUAAACACUCGUGUUGAUUGGAAGGAGACACCGGAUGCCCAUGUGUUCAAGGCAGACCUUCCAGGUAUCAAGAAAGAAGAAGUGAAGGUCCAAAUUGAAGACGAUAGGGUUCUGCAGAUCAGCGGAGAGAGGAAUGUGGAGAAGGAGGACAAGAACAACAGGUGGCAUAUGGUGGAGCGCAGCGGUGGCAAGUUCAUGAGGAGUUUCCGGCUGCCGGAGAAUGCCAGGACCGAUCAGGUCAAGGCUUCCAUGGAGAAUGGAGUGCUCACUGUUACUGUUCCCAAGGAGGAAGCGAAGAAGCCUGAUGUCAAGUCUGUUGAAAUCUCUGGUUGAAUUGAAAUUCCGUUGUUAAUCUAUACCAUGUGUAUGAUGUAAUGAUGGUAAGAAUCCUGAGAAAAUUAUUGUAAGAAUGCUGAGGAAAUGUAUUUCUUUAGCAUUGCGUUAGUAAAAAUAGAUAAAUAAAAGUAUUGCGUGCAAUAUGUUUGAUGAAAUAAUACCUUUUAAAAUAUAUAUAUGUUUGAUGAAAUAAGUGUUAAAUGAAAGUAGUAGUUAU